AAUCUAAAUAGAUUAAUUAAUUAAAGCGAUCUAAUUAUAAAAAAUAAAAAAGAAAGAAGAAAUAAAUAGAAAGAAAGAUGAAAGAACAAAAAGAGCGUACCACCGCAUAUCCAAAAGCAAAGAUGAGUAAGCCAGUUACUACGACGUCGUUCCGGAGCAGAGUAAGAGGGGACGCCUGUGGUGGUUCUUCCGUAGCGGAGGUGGAUGGUUGAUUCAGAGUAGCGCGUGGUGGAGGAGGGGGUGCUGGUUGUUGCUGCGAAGGAGGAGGAGGUGUUGUUUUUUGUGGAGGAGGGGGAAGUGGUAGUUUCUGUUGCGGAGGGGAAUUGGUUGGUGAGGGAUCAGGAGAUUUACCUGAUGAAAGAAAAGGUGGAAGUGGUCGUUGUUGUUUAUCCGGAAGCGUUUUUCGUAAUGGAGAAUCCACUUCAGGAUGAUGUGUAGGUACGUCAAGUGGAUUGAAUUUCUGUUUCGGUAUCGGAAUCCCUUUCGAUCCAGAUGAUUUUUUAGGUGACGGUGAUCGAGAUGAUGAUGAUGAUGAUGAUGAUGAUCGACGAGGUGGUGAUUGCUGAAGGGAUAGUGGAAAUUGAAGAAGAUAAUCUUCAGAAGAGGUUUGUUGUUCCUCAGCCUCAGAGGUUGGUUGAAUAUCAUUAUCAGGAGACUGCUCUUGUGAUUCUUGUGGAGGAGAUUCUGGCGGAAUUCUUGUUCUUGAAGGAGAAUUCGAUGGAGGAUCAUUUUCCGGUGACUUCACUUCUUUUUCUGGUGGAGGUAUGUCAAUUGGCUUUGCUGCAGUUGAUGAAUCUGAGUUUCCAGGUGCUGAAUUCGAAGUUCCAGGUGCUGAAUCUGAUUUUGGAGGUGAUUCAGCCAUGGUGAUUCUUGUUCCUGAAGGAGAAUUCGAUGGAGGAUCAUUUUCCGGUGCUGAAUUUGAAGUUCCAGGUGCUAAAUCUGAGUUUCCAGGUGCUGAAUUUGAUUUUGGAGGUGAUUCAGCCAUGGUGUGUGGUUGUUUCUUUCUCAAAGAAAACAGAGAUCAAGCAGUUGUGGUGAAGCUAGAAGCCCAGCUAGUAAUCAGUCCUUACGGGAAAGAAAGAAGCGGUCAGCAGGAUGCUGUUGGUUCAUCUGGAUGGUCAAAACAAAUGAGAGUGGUAAUGGAGAUUGCAUCUAAGAAACCUCAUUCUACACAAAAAAUGGGAAGGAAAUAGGGACAAAGUCAAUGGAAGACAUGGCUUGUGUAUUUACAAAUGGGAAUGGUCCUAAUGGAAGAAGAAUUGAGGGAAAUUUAUCGUAAAGGGGAGGAAGUGAGGAUAAUGUGUGUGUGUGCCAUGGACACUUUCUGUCUCCAACCGUGUUUGUUAAGCAUGCUGGUGGUGGAGAUAACAUGCUAUAAGCUAAUGAAACAUAAAGUCACGAUCCUAUUAAAGGACUUACAAGUUGAACAAUCAAUGAUCAGUGAUUCUACAUUUUUGUACUAUCAGAUAGCAACAGGGAAGCAAUUGAUUUAAUACUCAGAUACCAGCUGAAACCAAGUAUGUCUCUAUGAAUUUUAUGUUUGGAAUUUGAAACCAGCAUUGAAAACCCUAUUAUAUAAGAAAUUGAUUGUAAACAAUAUCCAGCAAAAUUUUGCCACAUGACAUGCAAGAGGGUGUAUUGGAGGCUAUAGCUAUUCAAGCAGCACCAGGCCAGGUACUAGUUGAUCAAUCUCUAGAUUUACAAAUGAAUGAAUUUAGUUCUUAUAGUCCUUGAAUUUAGUUUAAUGGUACAACUUUUCAUAUUCAAAUUAUGUCAACUAGCGUUCUAUUGAUGCUUUGUAAUUCCAAUUAUCGGUACAUAUCUUUCAUAUUCAAAUUAUGUCAAAUAGCGUUCUAUAGAUUGUGAGGAUGAUUUUCUUUUCCUUUGCCUUUCUAUUGAAAUAUAUGGAAAAUGAUUACUUAUAAUGA